ACAUCCUUUCUCUUCAGUGUAAACGGAAGUAAAUUACGAAGAACAAUUUCCAUGUUAGCGUGUUUAUUGUUGCUAUUUAGACGUUUAUUAACACCAUGGCACUAAAAAUAUGACUCAUUUAACUGCACAGAAUCACAUACUUACCCUAUGUAGUCUUUAAUACACGUUGGAGACAGGAUUUGGUGAUUAGAUAUUAUCUAGUUAACCUAGCUGCUAACAAUGGCUAACGGUAUGGUUUUUCACACUCAAAUAGCCUCCAUCAUGGAGGUGCUAGCGAAUGCAGCAGUGGCAGAGAUAUGUAAACUCGUAGAUGACGACUAUGCCGUGUUUCGUUUGGAAAUAACUCAAAGCCAGAAAGAAAACAGGGCAUUGCGGAGGAAACUACAGCUAUUGGAACUGAAGGUAGCACGGGAGCGCGUCCUCGCCAUUCGUCCCAGUUGUGUCAAGAUCCUCGACCGGUACAGAGGAAUGGCAAGAGGUGAAGGACAUCUCACUGGAGGCCACAGGUGCUUUGUCAAGCCAGCAGGACACAAUACAUGGGGAGAUGACCAACCAAUCACUGUUGAUGAGGGGAGUGGAACCUCAACCCAGCAUGUUAUCAUGAUACAGUCUGCAGAUGCAGAGGCUGCAGGUCCUGGGGUCAAGCAGGAGAGGUCUGAAGGAGAGGAGGACCCAGGACACAGCAGAAACAUCCAGACUGAAACGGCUGGAGUGCCCCCUGUAGCUACGGAGGACCCCACCACUGCCACAGCGCAGCCCAGGACCCAAUGCAGCAUGACGGAGGUCAGAGACAGACACAAGUCAGAGACAGACACAGAGACUUUAACUGUAACACACAGGCUCUUACACACAGAAUCUGACAACAAGUCAGACCCAGAGCGACUGGGGCUGGGGCCACUGGGCUGUCCUCCUGCUCCCAGCUCAGAGUAUUUACUUUACGGUAACCCGAGCCCAAGGACGGUUAAUUCCCAUCCGGACUCAGGUGACGCGUUAGAGAUUGGAAAUGAUCCGUCUUGUUCUUACACUACAGAGAUGGACCCAGGCAACAUGCCCUUGGGUUUAGAGACACAGACUGAUCUGUCUAGAGGGGACUGGAACCGGUACAGUAGUAAUGUAUACUCUGAAGGGUGCCUAGCUAAGAAAGGGGAGGUUAUAGUCGUAGAUGAGGUGACUGUGAAAGUGGAGGGUGACCCUCCUCCCACAUGGAAUGCAGAUAGUCACCUAGGAGAUGGACACUCACAGGGCAGAGAUUUCUUAGAUUACAGGGAAAGAUUAGAGACAAAUCAAAAUGUUGCGACCCACUCCCCUUUACACUCGCUCAGGGAUCACGACCCAAUGUCAAUGUCGAUGGGGCAUUCCGAUUCACAUGGCCGUGUCGUUUUCGAUCAGGUAUUGAACUCAAACGACAGGGCUAGAGCCCAGGUUCAGGGAGGGGGAGAAACAUCAGGCGGUAGUAAAGAGAAACGGUUCCUCUGCAUGUUCUGUAACAAAGGCUUCAGCUGCCCCCAGAAGGUGGAGAUCCACCAGAGGGUCCACACAGGGGUGAAACCCUAUAGCUGUACCCAGUGUCACAUGUGCUUCGCCCAGGCUGGCAACCUGAAGAGGCACCAGAGGGUCCACACAGGGGUGAAACCCUUCAGCUGUACCCAAUGUCCCAUGUGCUUCGCCCAGGCUGGUGACCUGAAGAGGCACCAGAGGGUCCACACAGGGGAAAAACCCUACAGCUGUACCCAGUGUCCCAUGCGCUUCGCCCAGGCUGGUCACUUGAAGAUGCACCUGAAGGUCCACACUGGAGAGAGGCCGUUCGCAUGUACACACUGCGGGAAGAGGUUCUCAGAGAGGAGCUACCUAAGGAUACACCAGCAGAAAAAACAUUCCACUCUAUAACAGAAAGUAACCAUUCCAAUCGAUAGCUUCUGACUUUUAUAUCCUACCCUGCAUUAAAAACAAAGAUUAAUUUUAAUUGUUGUCAAUUGAAAAGACCCACAGAUGCAUUUGGAAUAACGAGAUUAACAGAUUUCAGUGUUUAAUAUUCCGGAGUAAAAUAUUGCAUCCAGACAUUGUGUGAUACACUGUAUGACCUAAAGAGUAUGUUACAUAGUGUGUUUGUACGGUGUAGCCUAUAUGAUGUUCAUAAAUGCCUGUUUCAUUACUUCUAUUCAAAUUCUAUUUUUUUCACCAGACACUUUGAGAAAUUGAAUGCAGUUUAGGUAAUUCAUGCAGAUUUUUAGUUGAGAAAUCUGUGUGGUUUUCAUAUGGUGUAUUUAAAGACUUCCUCCAGUGAUUUAACUUUUCCUGUUUUAAAGUGAUAUCCCAAGUAUAAAUACAAGUCUAAAUGGUUUAAAAAAUUAAACAUUAGCGCAAAAGUGUUUUUUUAGACAACUGCAAACUUCAAGGAGUAGGGUAUUCAAUUAGUUGGUUUGAUGGGAAGUUGUGAUGUCAUCGGCCUAGAGAACAAAAGAGGAAAGGCCCACCACUUGUGAUGUCAUGACUUACCUGGACCACCUAUUGAGAUGUGCCUUUUGUUAAGUAAAUCAGGUGUUAAGAGGUGAAAAGGAGUCUGGAGUGCCACCUUAACACUUGUUCAUGUUUAAUAAACACAAAAUGGGACUUUUCAUUCUAAGACUUUCAUUGAGACUCUCUUUAGUAUACAUCACCUCACCCUAUUCUGCAUACACUCGACAGUGCUUUGUAACCAUUAUAGAGUUACUAAAUAUACCU